AUGGCCUUCAAGCAGUCGGUGUUGCGCGUGCCGUCCAAGACCUCGAAUGCUUAUGAGAAGAAUCCCCUCCCCGCAGAGCUGGACCUCACGGAAGAAGUGCCUCUGAGUCAUUUUUCAAGGGCUCCUUGCGUCUGUCGUGAGCUCCUCCAUCAAGCAUCGGCGGGUCGGCUCAUCGACCUGUCCCCAAACGGCCUGGACUUUGCUUUGCAAGCGAUUCACAUGCGUAUCUUCACCAUCCUGGUGUGCCGAACUGAUGAGCAUGCAACGGUUCUGAAGGAGAAGCUCCAGAGCAUGGUUGCUCGAAUGAUGGACGAUCCUGGCAAUGAAAGGUUCUUCGUCAGCAAUGCCACUCUCGGCAUUGAGGCGGAGGAGGAUUCGCAGCCUGAUGAAGGCAACGGCAAUGGUGCAGAUGAGAAUGAGGAGGCCGCCGCAGGGCACGAUGGCGAUGACGGCGAGAAUGCAGGAGAACGCUCGCCUGGCCUGGUGUCUGUAGCCGGAUGA